AGCAAUGGAGUCCAUGCAGCUCAUUGUGCUCAGCUUUGUUCUGGCAGGUGUUGGGGUGAGCGGCGGUUUCCGUGGUGUGAGACCACCAGGUUACUGGAUGGCUGGGACACAAUCUCCUCAAGCAGCGAAAGAGUUGAAGUCAGCUGUUGGACCUCAAAGACACCACUCUAGUCUGCUUGCUGAGUCAGCUGGUAGGUUCCACUCCAAGUGGAUUCAGUCAGCAUAUGAUAAACUCAAAUGGAAAUUUCCAGAAGAUCCUGUGGAGCCAGUGACCAGGCCUCCUGUCCAGCUCAAAGUGCCAGAGCCAAUGGUGUCAAAUCGGGUGGCUGUGAAGUGUGGUGAGAGUAAGGUCCAGGUGGAGGUGAGUCAGGACCUGCUGGGCAUUGGCAAGCUGGUGAAGCCAGAUGAAAUCACACUCGGAGGCUGUCCACCUGCUGAGAUCGACCACUUGUCUCAUGUGCUGAUCUUUGAGUCGGAGCUGCAUGACUGUGGCAGCACUCUGGAGGUCAAUGAGGCUGGCUUUGUUUAUGCUUACAAGCUGAUCUACGACCCCAUGACAUUGGGCAUCAGUCCAAUCACAAGGAGCCAGAGAACUGUGAUCGGAGUGGAGUGCCACUACAUGAACUAGACCUUUCAGCUCUUCGACAGGUGGCUGUCUUGGGGGAGCAGAGUCAAUAAAUUGUGUUGCUAGUUCUGGA